AGAAGAGCACGUUUAUCUGUGUAUAUAACGAAAGAGCAAAGAGGUCGGAGGUAGCAGCGUCUCCUAGCAACGGGUGUAAACAAAAUUUCCCUCCUGUGUACGGAAUAAGCCGCCGUGAUCUUGUCCUUCGAUGCUAAAUCAAUGUAAUAUUUCCCUGAUCUCGGUUUGGUGGUGAAGGUUAUCCCGCUGAAGGAAGAGUAGAAACAACGGUGUCCACAAUGCUGCGUCAAGGCCUGGGCACCAACAUCACGGCCAUCGUCAACAGACUGGCCUCGGAGCUGCAGAACACGCCUUUCUAUAAUGACUUCCUCGCCGAUGUGCAGACGACGAUGGCCACGCAGAACUUCAACAAGGAGCGUUUCGGUGCCGAGUGCUACGAGUGGGCGCAGGGCACGUCCCUGGACACCCGCCUCCGCAACGCCCUCUACCACCUGAUGCACGUUCAGCCCACCCUCCUGGCCAACCCCGACACGCCCCGACACGUUCUCAAGGAGCCGCUCACCUACAUAAGGAAGGCACAGAGUGCGUGGGAGCGUCGGCUGGUGAAGUGCGUGAACAGCAUGGCUGCCGAACUGGGGGUCCCGCUGGCCAGGCGACGGACCAAACAGGAGCGGGAAGAUUUCUCAGACCGCUGGGCUGACCUGUCCACCGAGGAGACAGAUCUAACGAUGAUCCGGCCAGUGUACGCCCCCAAGGACUUCCUGGAAGUGCUCGCGUCCCUCAGGAACCCUAACUAUGACGAGGCCGUAGAAGAGAACCUCUGGGGCAGCAUCCAACUCCCUCUCAAGGUCAACGACAUCAAAGGCUUGGUGGAGCUGUACGGCGAGCUGGCAUACUGUUGCAAGCACACGGGGCUCGACGAGGCGGUGGCCGGGGAGUACAAGACCAACCUGACGUUGGCGGAAGAGCGGCUCAUCAUGGGACAGAAGGUGGUGGAGAGGAACCACGGGCCGCUGAGUCGGGAGCUCAUCAAGAGUGGCUGCCCCACCAGCCUGCGCGGCGUGCUGUGGCAUCAGGUGCUGGGCCUCGAGAUCACCGAAAAGCAUUACAAGCACUUCGACGAGCUGGUACAGGCGGUGCAUCAACACGACCUACUAGUGGACAAACUGAUCAUGAAGGACAUCCAGCUGACUGCCUCUAACGACGACCAGUACUUCGUGUUCGAGGACAUCCUAUUCCAGGUGCUGCUUUGCUUCUUCCGCGACACCGAGGUGCUGAGCCACUUCGAGCACAGCAGCGCCUCGCCUCCCCUGGCGGUGGCGCGCGGCAACACCCCUUCGCCCAACGCCCUCGUGGCCUACCCCCCUUGUGGCGUCAUCCCCUUCCACGGCUUCACCAUGUACGCGGCGCCCCUGAGCUGCCUGUACGAGGACCCGGUGCCGCUGUACUUCACCUUCCGGGAGAUGUACUGCCGCUACUGGUACCGCUUGCACGUGGUCACCAGCCACUCACAGGGAGCGGCCGCUCUGGCGCUUCAGUUCGAGUUGCUGCUCCAGAGCUGCGAGACGCGCCUCUGGCAACACUGUUGCGCCAUGGGCAUUCAGCUCCUGCCCAUCGUGUUCAAGUGGAUCGUCCGUGCCUUCAGCGGCUACCUGGUGCCUGAUCAGCUCUUCCAUCUGUGGGACGUGGUGCUCGCCUGGGAGUCCCUGGAGGUGCUGCCUGUCCUCGCUCUCGCCAUCGUCAGCUUCCGGAGGGAGAACCUGAUGGACGUCACCUCCCAGCAAGCGGCCGAGGCGGUGCUGGCGGACAUCACGGCCAUCAGUGUCAUCCCGUUGCUGAAACUGGCGCUCGCUGCCGACAGGGGGCGCGAGAGGGAGUCCUGAACGCAAGACAAGCAGCAGCAACGAAUGCCAACAGUAAACGCAGCACUAUGAACUAGAGUGAACGUCACUGGUGAAUGCAGAGCCGCCAGUAAAAGUGAACGUCGGAUGAUCAGUAAGAGUGAACGCCUUAGGAAAACGCUCAACAAUCAGCUUUGGUAAAAUGUCGCAAGAUCAGCAAAAGUGAACACCAUCGAUACAACGCAAACUGCUCAAGAAUGAACGCCAUUGAGAACAUUGGACGAUUAGUAUGAGUGAGCGUCAUCAGUAUACAACGGAUGAUUAGCAUGAAUGAGAGCUACCAGUAAACCUUUCCCUUC